UAGAAACACUUCCGCUAGCGUUGCGCCGGUCCCAAAAAGUGCAGGCCCGAUCGGUGCGGAUAAUCCGGCUCCAGUGGGCCGGGAAGCCGCAGAAAUGAGCCCGAGGAGCAGCUAGCGGACCCCGGGAAGGCUUUGAUAUGCUCUCUCGCCCGCUGACAGAGACCCACCGCAGGGGGCGUGGCCCGACAGCAGAAGCCCUGCCCACUGAUCUCCCAUUGGUCGAUGCAGACGAGGCUCCUGCAGGAGGCCCCGCCCCCCCGGCCCCUCCCUGCUGCUCCUGCGCCUCCCUCUUGCCCCGCCUCCUGGCGGCUCACCGCAUGGAGGUGCGGCGCCUCCUACGAGGAGCUUUGUCGUCUCUCGGCCGCCGUAUGGACUCUCUGGAGAGGAAGAGGAGGAAGAGGAGGAAGGACGGAAGAAGAGGAGGUCCUCCUAGUAUCACCUGCAGCUCCUUCUCUUGCUCACCUGCAUCGUUGCCUCAUGUCAUCACUUCCUCUUCGUGGUCACCCUCCGCUUCAUCAGACCGUAUCAACCCAACUCCUUCCUGCAGCUUCAGCCAAUCAGAGCAGAGUAGGAGGGGCAGUGAAGGAGAGGAGGUGAGGAGGAGGAAGAGGAGGAGAAGCCAUGAAGGCUUUCUUCCUCCAGGGAAUGAGGAGGAGGAAGAGGAGAGGUUUGUGGGUCAGAUGGUGGUCUCUGUCAGAGGAAGAGGAGGACCUGAGGAAGCAGAGACAGAGCCUCUCGUCCUCCAUGACUUCAACCAGAGGAAACGCAGACGAAGGGUCGGCCAAUCAGAGCAGGGCUUCAGCGUGCUGGUGAAGAAGAACGGCUACAGCUCCCAGCAUGCACUGCUUCCUCUGCAGGCGGCCGAGACCUGUGGCCAAUCACAAGCCCUCGCUGUGUUGCCGGGACGGUGGAUGUUUUCUGACAUCGUCACGCACCUGUCCUCCAACCGGACCCACCCACAGCCAUGGCUGCAGAACCCCACCCCAGUGCUGCACCUGUCUGCUGUUGCCAUGGAGACGGUGUUAGACUGGGUGAAGGGCGGAGCCUAUUGGAGUCCUCUGCGUUCUCUGAAGGACUGGACAGCACCGCCCAGUUUGGACAGCGACCACAGCUAUAUAAGAAGACCGACAACCAGCUGUACAGGUUCUCUCCAGGGUCAUCACAAGCUGUGGUCCAAUCACAGUACCUGGAGCCUGUGGUUGCCAAGGCGACGAGCCUUGCCCCUAAAUUUAUGUUCAGCCAAUGGGCUGUCUGCUGCCCUCCCUGCUGACCAAUCAGCAGCGCUCUCAGAGUUUCACAGCACAAAUGUGAAGCUCAGUAAACGAGUGUCGCAGAUCAGAAUACGGCGUGCGUCGCCGCGGGAGACCCCUCUCACACCAAUGGGACUGCCCAAAGCGAAACGGUUGAAGAAGAAGGAGUUCACCCUGGAGGAGAUCUACACCAACAAGAACUACGAGGCCCCGCCCAACAUCAGGAGCCUGGAAACCAUAUUUGAGGAGCCUCGGGAGAAGGAUGGAGCGCUGCUCCUGAUUGGCCAGCAGAAGCGUCGCCGGCUCCUCCUCUUCCCUGACUUCACUCAGCCCAGGAAGAGGAAGAAACCCCAAGGGCUGGGUCUUCCUGUUUCUUUGGUGCCCAGAAAACGAGCCGCAGUGCGGCGACACGUUCACGGCGGCGGGCUGGAUGACGGCAGCGACCUGGACGUGAUGCUGGUGGAGCGCCUCAGCGAACUCGAUGACUUCCUGACUCAGCAGGGCCUGGACGUAUGACAUCAUUUCCUGACAGCUGACUAAAUGGACACACCCAAUGGUGACGGUGUGAGGGGGUGAAUGGAGACAUGUCUGCAGAGGCUGAGCCUUGGAUCAGGCAACACCCCCUCCGGGAGGCUCCACCCUCUACAGAUACACCUGUGGACUGCCAGUCUCUGCAGUACCCUGUAGUACUCUGCGGUACCCUGUAGUACCCUGUACUACUCUGGAGUGUUGUGAACUGUGAUGUUUAUUUCUGAUGAAAACUGUAUUUUUGGACAAAUAAAGUAAUUUCUUCUCUGAAACA